AUGCUCAUUACUAUUACCAAUUUAAUUAUUCCCCUUUUACUAUUUUUAUUUUUUAAAUUAAUUAAUUGUCUAAACACACCCAACUUUAAUAACCCUUUUCUACAACGCCCAAACAUUAUGGUUUUUAUGGUGGAUGAUCUUGGGUUUGGGGAUUUACAAAGCUUUGGAAAUUUGGAACAAGAAUUUAAUCCUGUUGAUCAGAUGAUACGUGAGGGGAUUAGAUUUACUAAUGCUUAUUCGGCUGAUUCGAUGUGCUCUCCUGCACGUGCUGGAUUUAUAACUGGCCGUCUUCCUAUACGACUCGGCGUCACAGGAGGUAACCGUGUCUUUAUGAUAUAUGAUAAAGGCGGUUUGCCAAAAGAAGAUCCAACAAUAGCAGAAAUGUUAAAAACCCAUGGAUACAAUACUGGGAUGGCUGGAAAAUGGCAUUUGGGAAUUAAUGAGAAUAAUUAUACUGAUGGAAAUCAUUUGCCUGGACGUAGAGGAUUUGAUUAUGUUGGGAUAAAUUUGCCUUAUACUUUGAUUUGGGAGUGUGACGAGACUGGAGAGCUUUACCCUGGAGGGAUCGAUCAGGAUAGAUGUUUCGUUUAUAAAGGGGACAAGGCAAGUUUAGUAGAAAGUAAACAAUGUUAUUAGGAGAGAGACUUGAGAUGAGAGAAAGACUCUUUUU